CCUUUAUUAUCUUUCUUAUUUUCUCAACUUUGUGUGAUUUCAACUCACAACUAAAAGUAAUGGGGUACAUUAAGAAUAUUUAGAUUUUAAGGGGUUGAAGUUGUAAUUUUGAAGAAGUGGAAGAUCAAUAGAAAAUAAUAGAAGAACAGAGACGACGAAACCUGCCGGGGAACUGAGGAGAGAAAAAACCCCGGCGAAAAAGGGAAAUUCGAAUUCGUCUUCUGUUGAUCAUCGCUUCACUUCUGCUUCCAGAGCUUUUACUCAGAAGAAGCUCGAUGAUCUCAAAUCUCUCUUUGUUUCCCUCGCUUCCAAGUCUCACAGCAAUGACCAAUACGUCUCGUACCCUGUUUUCCAGGAGUAUUUUGGUCUGAGUGGUUCUUUAGGAGAAAGGAUCUUUGAUAUGGUUACUCAACACAGGAAAGAUGAUAAAAUGACUUUUGAAGAUCUUGUUAUUGCUAAAAUGACUUUUGAAGAUCUUGUUAUUGCUAAGGUACACACUUAAGUCUUUUCAUCCUCUUAAUCAUUGGUUUCUUCUUCUGAGCUUUUGAAGAUCUUAAAAUGCAGAGUUCAAUUUUGUAAUCUCCAUAUGAAAAGUGAUUGUAGUUAUAAAUGUAGAACCAGUCUCACGUUGAAUAGAAUCCUUCCUCAGGUUAAGUCACUGAUUUUUCUGAAAAGUCUAUUCCUUUUUGUUAAAACCCUGGUUUCAAUGCUUGCCAUUGGAAUUUUUGUGGUAAAAUAAAGAAAAUUCGCAAGGAUGAAGAAUGAUGAAGAAGCUUCUAGGUUAUGGUAACAUGACACGUGUAUCAAUCUCAGACGUCCUUUUUUGUUAUAAUUGAGGUUAUAUAAAAUCAGAGUGAUGUUAUUUUGUCUUUUGAAUUAAGAGUACUCUGCCUCUGGAAUUUCUGGGUUCUUCUCGGAUUCUCUCAAAGGUACUCUCUUUUCUUAGCUCUUGUUCGAACUCUUCGAUUAUCUUAUAGAACGAUAGGUUAUAUACUCUAUUUGAAAAUCAUCUAUUAGAGAUAGAGAUUUGGUGAAGUUUGUAUUCAAUUUAGGUUCUUCAUAGAGAUUUUUGCUUGAUGAGUAUAGAGAAGAGUUUCUGAGAUCAUGAUACUAUAGUUUAUGCAAAAAGAUUGCAGAGGUAAAAAGAGGAAUUAGGAAAAUGGGUGAUCCAUUUGGUGGUAGAUUUGGAGGAUUUAGAGGUAGCUUGUUUGGAGGAAGAGAUCCUUUUGAUGAUCCUUUCUUCUCUCGACCAUUUGAGGAUUUGCUCGAACCAUCCAACACCUUUAGUUCAGGUGCUUCCUUUAGUAAUGCACAUAAGAACAAUGGUGGAAGAGGUUUAACAAUUGAAGAAUUACCGUCUGAUGAAGAAGUUGAAGAAAGGAAAGAUAUUGGUAUUGAUGAUCAAGAACAUGCUAGUUCAGUGAAUAAACCAUCUGUUGAGCACCCUGAAGAUGAUUCUGAUGGUAACUACCACUAGUGAUUAGAUAACUUUGUUUACGGUUAUGUGUAUGUGUGAGACUUGCUUGGUUGUUGUUGUAGCUGAGAGGAAGAUUCAGAAUGUGAAUCAAAGGAGUGAUUUUAACCGAAGAGAGGGUACACAGUCUCGAGCUAACACAUUCAGACAUCACAUCUCUAAGGUUACAUAUGGUGGCAUACAUGGUGCGUACUAUACAUCUACUAGAACCAGAAGAAAAGACGGUGAUGGAAUGGUGGUUGAGGAAAGCAAAGAAGCUGAUAAGACUACCGGUGAAGCCACUCAUAGGAUCUCAAGAGGAAUCAAUGAUAAGGGUCAUUCAGUUACUAGGAAGCUCAACUCAAGUGGUGGUGUAGAGUCGACACAGACUCUUCACAACCUCGAUGAAGAUGAAUUAAGUGGCUUUGAAGAAGCAUGGAAAGGCAAUUCAUCUCUUGGCAAGCAUGAAUUCACUGGCUCUGAUAAUAGUUUUGGAGGGUGGGUACUUCCAUCUCUUGACCAAAUUCGUCGCCAAACAGACCAAAGUCAGACUGGUUCGAGCCGAUCUGCAACUGGAGCUAAGAAGGUUGUUCGAAUCAACAUUGAAUGAAUCAUCAGAAAACCAUAUAUCAAUCUAUGUGCGUGUAAAUCAAAUAAUUUUGUAGUUGUUUUGAAGUUGUAGUAAUUGGCAAUAUUUUACAUUCGUGUAAAAACACAACAUACAUACAGUAUUAGACUUUUGAUUAUGGGAAAAGUAAAAUUAUUCAAGC